CGCCAAGAUGAGUCCCAGAGGCACCUUACUUGCGGUCUUAGUUGCCUUAUUUGUCAUAGGUACGGCUCUCAGUGCCUAUGCACCGUGUAAAAGGUUAUGUUCGUCAUUGAAAAUAGCAGAUAACUGUGGACCACCAUGUGGAGUUAAAAAGGGUAUGGAAAUUAACGGAACGUGUUGGAAGGAAUGCGCUAAAUUGGUGAUGGCGGCGACAGAUAAGCUGCCUGAAUUGAAAGGAUGCAUAACUGAGUGCUCAAUUCCCAAAGUUAGCACAGAGCCCCAAAAGCCCAAAAGGGUCAAAGGUGGGAAGAAAAGCCAGUAUGCUCCCUGCAAGACAAAGUGCAAGAGGCUUAAAAUGUCAAAAUGUGCGAGCGUAUGCAAAAUACCCAAGGGGAAAGACAUUAACCACCUUUGUUGGGUAGAGUGUGUCGACAACGCAGGUUCUGACAUCAGGAAUCAACUUAAAGCGUGUAUGACCAAGUGUGUAGUGAAAAAAGGUGUAUGCCCACCAGCUAGUGAUCCUCGAUACGGAGGCUCUCCUCCAACAUCUUGUUGCGUCGACCAAGUAUUUCACACCGCAACUGUCAAAAAUGGGUACACCUGUUAUCACCAGAGCAACGCUUCAAAGGUCAUGGCAAAGAAAUGCAAAAGGUUCGAGGUAUUUAGGGUCACAGCUGUCAACAUUUGUGGCUGUGUGAAAAAGGAUGCACCUGGGCCUGGGCCUGGGCCUGGGCCUGGACCUCAAACAUGCGGAACAGCUGCCAAUCCAUGCUGUAGAUGGGGCAUGUGGAGUUCAUGGGUAGACCAACCUUGUUCUAAAUCAUGCAACGGUGGAAUCAUAAGAAAAGAAAGAAGAAGGAUAAAACUUUUCGGAUCAACAGGAAACAAUGUUUGUCUUGGACAAAGCAGCGAAGUGUUUACUGGCGUGUGUAACACACAGCCUUGUGGAGGAGGUACCGGAGGCUUAAGCUGCAGAUGGAGCGACUGGACUGCGUGGCAGCAAGGAGCGUGCUCUGUCACAUGCGGCAACGGCGUAAGGAAUCAGACCCGUUCAAGAACAAAACUUUAUGGAGCCGGAAAUUUUGGACAAUGUCUUGGGGCAUCUGUUCAAACACAACAAUCUCAGAUAUGCUACAAUAACCCAUGCCCAAACUGCCAGUGGGGAGCAUGGACUCAGUUUGUCUAUGGACAGUGUUCAAAGUCCUGCGGAGGUGGAACUAUGUCUAAAUCUCGAACAAGGACAAAGGUUUUUGGCAAUUUUGGAGGUCUAACUCGUUGUGAUGGAGAUUCGGAGGAGAAGCAAAUGCUUUCCUGUAACUCAAACGCUUGCCCUGAACCACCGUGUCAAUGGGGGGCUUGGGGCCAACUUAUCUACACGGCGUGUAGCGUCACUUG